UUCGACGCGCUUCGACCCCGUUGAAAAUCUGGGGAUAACGAGCGUUUCGCAGUUUCGACAAACAGAGUCACGUAUGCGUUUACGUCAGAGGGAACGGGCAGUACGAAACGGUUCUCGUCGCUUCCGCGAACUAACGGAGAACGGUCGUAGCAUCGAGACCGAUCGCUCGCGCAUUUGCUCGGUCAACGAAGCAGUUGACCCGUCGCUAGAGAUACACGAAGAGAACGAAUCCAUCAAUUAGGUCAGCCGUUCUCCGUGCUCUCGCCGCCAGACGCGAAUGGAGAAAGAGAAGGGAGCAAGGAGAGGAACGAAAGUACGGCUGGUAUCUUGUCUCGGUGCCACGCGAGAGCGACACUUUCGGUUUCACCUGAAUUUUUUGAAAUUGAACGUUCUCUCGAACGCUACUUCAGAAAAUGGAGCUAAGCUGGAUGGUGUCAGAACUACGCAUACGUGUUUCGUCUCUACACCGGAUGAUUACUUGAUAGGUAACUCCUUGAAACAUAUUUUUAUUACAAUUCAAAAAAAAAAAAAAGAAAAGAAAAAGAAAAGAAAAAAGACAAAAUGGAGAGAAUUCGUUCGAAACGAAAAGAAUACGUAGCAGAUCAAAUGCUGACAGUUUAAACCCCUUGUAAUCCUGUAACGCGGAACAAGGGGGAAAAUGGUAGUCACAGUCGGACUCUCGAGUGAAAGAAAAAGGUUCACGCGAUGCUGAGAGUGAAAGAACAGGGCCAAGAGAGAGCAGAUUGGUACCAAGCUGUUUAGAACGAUCUCUCUUAAUCGGAUAGCCAAGUUUAUCUCGAACUCCGAAAGAAAACGACCAAGAUACCAUUGUGAUCGACGUUCGUCUUCGUGUAAGCCAGAUAUUCCAUCCGGGUCUGCGUCUUUGUUGCGGGUCAGUUCGCGAAAGAAAAUAAUGGUCUUGAGAAGGAUUUGCUCGAUCGCGCGUGUCGGGCUGCUCGUUACUCGUGUCGGGGACGAGGACGAGCCUCGAGUCUUGAAAUCUGGUCGAUCGUAUUUUCGCGGGAGCCGGAAAUCAGAAACGGAAUGGAAACGAGAGGGUCGAAAGGUAGCAGCGCGCGGUUGGGAGCUUGUGGUCCUCCCUCCGUGGGAUCCCAAAGCCGGCAGGUUGCGAGGAGGCACAGAGGAGACGAGGUGGUUCGUAGGAGAGUUAAAAGAGGAAAAGAGGGGCUCGGUUGCGUCUCGUUGCCGCCGAGCGGCGCUCACCUGCCUAGUCCGCAACAGUCUCGUACGGUUCGCUCUGGCCAGGAGCUUCGUCUCCGAUCACGGACCAGCGAUUCUCCUCUCCUCUCCCCUACCAUCGACCACUUUCCACCUCCGCACGAUCGCGCUGCACCACGUGAGCUUUUCGAUCUUCUUCCUACCCUCCGCUACAUUUUUUCUCCGACUUUCUCGCUCCCUCGUUCAUACCCCCCCCCCCAUUCCUCCCCUUCUUUUCUAAUCUUUUCAUCUUAUCUCGUCUUCGACACCGUCGCGCGUUUCCCGCACUGUCCGGAAAAUUCAAGAUUUGUCGGAUCUCUACCAGAGGGAUGUCCUCUCGACGGCGGAUUCACAAUUUCGGUCACGAAACCGUCGACACCGAGGAUACCGCGGCGAUGGUGACAUCGACGUUGGUGGUGUAGUGAAGGUGGUAACGGUGGUGUGUCGGAGGCCGACAAGCCGAAAGAGGAAACGAGGCGGCGGCGGAGGAGGAGGAGGAGGAAGAAAAGAAGCUAAACUAAAAGAGGAAGAGGAGAAGGAAGAAGAAGAAGAAGAGGAGAAAGAAGCAGAUGAAGGUGAAUGGUGGGGCUGUCUUCUCUACUCCUUGGUACAUUUCUGGUGGGGGUAAGGCAACACUCAAAGUUCGUGGUGACGUAGUUGUGGCAGGAACGCGACGCGUUUUUGUCCCCGCCGGAAGGAAAUAACAGCUUCCUAGAUUCUUAGAUCGUCUCUCGUCGUUGGUGUUUGCGUCGAGUCGAGCAUCGCGUGUAAAAGGGAGCGCGAGAACCGGGGGGGAAAGGACCGAGAAAAGAUAGGCGAAGAGACGGAGAUCAAGAGAGGUGGGAUCAAGAGAGAGGAGGUGAAUGAAAGAAGAGCAAGAAGCGAAGUAACGGAAAAGGGUGGGGAGGGGUAUCUAGUUCAGCAGACCGGAAGCGGAGGGUUUCUCUGUCUUCCGGGAAUUUGUCAGCCGUGACAAGGACCAUUUGCGAUUCCAAAAGAUUACGCGUUGGCCGAGUCAAAGCAAACGAGAAAAUUUGCUUGUUUUUUCACGGGUUGCAGCAGUGGCCUCCGGAAGGAGAGAUCAUGAGGAUUUCGCGUGGUCAAUAUUUGUAUCCAUUCGCGUGUUUCAAAGAGGCUCUUUCGCUUUGAUCGUUGAACUUUCGAAGCUGGAGAAGAAGGAAGCGGAGGAACGGCCGAAGGAGGAAGAGGAAGAAGAGGGCUGCAACGACGCCGAGGAAGAAGACGAAGAAGAAGUACAAGAAGAAGAAGAAGAAGAAGAAGAAGAAGAAGAAGAAGAAGAAGAAGAAGAAGAAGAAGAAGAAAACGAUCGUGCGUCCGGUGAAGUGUCGGCAGAAGCGAAGACCAGAUACGAGAAAGUAGUCGAGAGUGGACGGCCGAGGAGAUCGGGUGCUCGAUAAAGAAUUUCACCUUCGAGAUCGAGAAAAAGGAUCCUCGAGUACCUUUCAAGAGGUGGGCACGUGUGAUCCGAGACGCGUUACCGGGCUACCACCCGACACGUCACGCGCAAAAGUCGUCCAAUUUUUACGCCGGUUUCGUAGGUCAGGAAUCUGGUGGCGCUACGCUGCGCAAGAGACACGAUCGGCAUCGAUUUUCGUUCUUCUUCGUCCCUUCGAGUCGAGAACCCGGUCUCGAGAUCCCGGUCGUUUCCGUCGUGUCCAGCUGAACCACAGGAGGCAGACAAGGGAAAAAACAAUCGGCACUUGUCGAAGCUGCACGCCGAGGGGCGGAGGGGAUGGAGAUGCGCCUCGUUCUCGUGGCGAUCUGCCUCCUUCUCGUUACCCCCAUCGCCGGCUCGUUCUGGACCGUUGGAAAUCAGGUGGUGAUGGACCCGAUGCUCAUCUGCAAGAAGACUAGAAGACUGAAGGGCAAGAUGGCGGACAUCUGUCGGAAGGAACCCUCGUUGCUGAAGGAGAUCGCGAAGGGCGUCCAAGUCGGAACCAAAGAGUGUCAGUACCAGUUUCGUAAUCGCAGAUGGAACUGCACCACCAUGAGAAGAUCGCUGCGAAAAAUUUUGCUACGUGAUACCAGGGAGACGGGCUUCGUGAACGCCAUCACCGCGGCCGGUGUGACUUACGCAGUGACGAGAGCCUGCACCAUGGGACAUCUCGUCGAAUGCUCGUGCGACAAGAUGACGUCGAAAGGCAAUCGGCUGGACAAGCUGACCCGUACUGUCGAGAUGGAGAAGAGCCUGCCGAACGAGGGUGACUGGGAGUGGGGCGGUUGCGGCGACAACGUGAAGUUCGGAUUCAAGAAGUCGCGGGACUUCAUGGACGCCCCUUAUCGCAAGCGCAGUGACAUCAAGACGCUGGUGAAGCUGCACAACAACAACGCCGGUCGAUUGGCCAUCAGGGACUAUAUGAGCACGGAGUGCAAGUGCCACGGGCUCUCGGGCUCGUGCACGGUCCGUACCUGCUGGCGGAAAAUGCCGGCGUUUCGCGACGUCGGGAACAGGCUGAAAGAGUCGUUCGACGGCGCGGCGAAGGUGAUACCGAGCAACGACGGGCACAGCUUCAUCACGGAGGGGCCGACGAUCAAGCCGCCGGACAGAUUCGAUCUGAUUUACAGCGAGGACUCACCGGACUUUUGCAAGCCGAACAGAAAAACGGGCUCGCUGGGCACGCAGGGACGACGUUGCAACUCCACCAGCCAGGGUGUCGACGGAUGCGAGCUGCUCUGCUGCGGCCGAGGCUACGACACCAGGGUCGUCAAGGAGAAGAUCAGCUGCGAAUGUAGGUUCCGAUGGUGCUGCGAGGUCACUUGCAACACCUGCCUGGUUAAGAAAACGGUCAACACUUGUCGCUAACGCGAGCCGGCUGUCCGCCGACAGUAUUUCGAAUAGACGUUUGUAAUAUACGUUUGUCGCGCCGUCGGAUUGUUCGGGCGCGAGGGUUCCAGUCACGAAGAAUUAGUCGUAAAUAUGUCUUUCGAAGCUUUCCAAGUAUCUCCCUAGCUGUUCGUUCCCGAGCGUUCUCGCGUCGCUUUUCUCGCUUGUGUCCGCCACCUUUCAAUCUCUCCCAUUCCCUGUUCUUUCUUCUUUUUUCUUUUUUCUUUUUUUUUUGUCUCCUUGCGCUUACGCGUUCUCCGCAUCUUCUGUACAUAAUGAGACUGAACGAAGGGCGAAGAGUUUAUAGUGCAGCGUGAAAUGCGAAUAAAAACGUGUAUCCCCGACCGAA